AUGGGAGCAGGCUCUUGUAGUGGUAGUGAGAUAGGUGAUGGGGAUGCUAACAAGAAAAGCAGUGAGGAAGAUCUAAAUCUGCACCCUCAGAAAUUCCCUCAAGUAAUCUGCUUCAAUUGUGGAGAAACCGGCCACUUCAGCUCUGGGUGUGUCAAACCUAAAGUUUGCUUCAUGUGCUUUUGCAAGGAUCAUGUUGUUGAGAAUUGUGAUGAAUGGAAGAAACCACAGCCUGCAGCUCAGUUUUAUGGGAGUGCAAACAGAGGGUUAGGCUUCUACCAUGUUGAUGUAGCUAACAGGGAGGGGAGAUUCAAACAUUGGGCUGGCUUUGAGAAUUAUGGUGUGUUCACAGUAGAGGAAGGUUUCUUGGAAGAAGAUGAAAUCAUCAAGACCCUGAGGCAGCAGGUGGAUAAAAAUUGGGCUUGGAAGUUACUGAGAAUGGAUGAGUUCAGAUUCUUAGUGAAAUUUCCACCAUAUAUUAGAGUAGAAAGCAAAGUGUUGGGUGAAGCUACCUACUUCUAUCUGAAGAGCAAUUCUGUGAUGGCAUCACUGAGAGUCUGGAAUGGGGAUAUUGAGCCAGUUGGGCAGCUAAUGGAAGCCUGGAUACAAAUCAGAGGUGUUCCCCCCAAAUGGAGUGACUGGACAACUAUAAGAGAAAUAGCCUCUACCUUAGGAAAGAUGAUAGAGGUGGAUUGGCAGACACUUUUCUCAAGCUUCUUCACUGUGAUUAGGGUGAAAAUCAAUUGCAAAGAUCCAAGAAAGAUUCCUGACCGUAGAGUUAUGGAGAUGGCUGAUAAACUAUAUAUGAUCAGCUUUGAGGUGGAGGAGCUUGAUAAGCUGAAAGAAAAAAUGGAAGAGCUGAAUGAUGGGUUAGAUCCUAGUCACAAAGGGGAUGAAGAUGGAGGUGAAAGGCCAGAAGAGGAAGAGGAUUAUAAACCAGAGAAUGAGCUCCCUCCCACUAGUGACCUAGACAAUGGAAAUGGAUGCUCUGGAAAACAGGUGGACAAUCCAAACAACAAUAGUGGGAAGAAAACAGAUUCUGUGAGGAAGGCCAUGCUGUUGUUUGAUGAAAAAAAGAGAAGGAGACAUAUUAGGGGCAGCAGAUCCAAUACCAUCUUGUACAAGUCUUCUGAGAGCUAUGGAAUUGACAGACUCUGA